GAGCCGCGGGGCGGGAUGAGGCAGCGGCACAGCGAAGGGGGAGCUGCUCCUGCUGCGGCUCCGGCUGGGUGGCGGCGCGGGGAAACAAUGGGCUCCUUCUCCUCGGCCCUCAGAGGGGCCGUAGCGUAAGGGACGAAAGGGAGCGCGGCGCGGCGCCUGGGGAGCACCAUGAGCUCCGCUGAAAUUAAGAAGCCACCAGUGGCCCCCAAACCAAAAUUUGUGGUAGGACACAAAGCAACACCUCCACCUGUUGCACCGAAGCCUGAUGUUGUACUUUCUGGUGUGAUACAAGCAGCAAGGAAAACCAAGCCAACAAUUGCACCAAAACCAAAGGUUCUCAAGAGCUCAUCCAUUCCUGAAGUUAAACCUCCAUCGUCUAAACGAAAAAGCACAAAAAGCUUUGAGGAGCACAGGGAAGAUUCUUCUCAAACGCUAGACCACUUGAACUAUAAAAAUGAAACCUCGGAAGGGAGCACUGGCAACACAACAUAUAUUCUACCUGUGUCAUCUUGCAAAUUUGAAUGCCUUCAUAAACUUGAAAGUGGAGAGAAAACCUGUAAAACUCAGAUCAUUCUUGAGCACUUUGAAAACUUAGAGAACAUCAAAGCUGUUGAAAGAAAUGCAGCAUCUCUGGGUGAUAGUCACAAUGAAAAACUGGGAAAUAGAAGUCGGGUGGUUUUGAAAGCCAGCAUUUCGGAAGAGAAGCUUAAGGAUGUCCUAACUCACGGUGUAUUUCCUAACAGCAGUCCUGUAAGGGAUAGGCAUGCAGACAAACUUGACAAAGGGGAUGGUAGCAGUUCCAAGAACGUUUUUAAAAUAGAGUUUAUGGAACUUGUACAGUCUUCAUCAUCUUCUGAGGUAGCUAAAGGGAAGCAACAAAAUACUGAUAGUAAAAUCAUUGCUGAUGAGUUUCAGAUGUCUGAAAUUUGUCCUAGUUUGACUGAAAAUAACCACAGUUGUUAUUGCCCAUUGGACCAGGAAAUCUUAGAAAAUGAAAAUUUAAGUAGCAAUAGUAUGUUUUCAGGUGAAGUAGGGAUGAAAGCAGGUGCUAAUAAAGCUUCCCCUGAAACAUCUUCACUCUUGAGCUCAAAAGUGCUUCCUAUCCCUAAGCCAAGAAAGCCACGUGCCGCAUGUCUGGUCCGUCAGGAUGGCAUAGACACCACAGGAGAAGGAACAAAGGAACCAUCUAAUCCAGAGAAAGAUUCCUAUGGGCUUGUGGACCAAAGCUUUAAAAACCCAGCAAAAAUUAAUGUCCUUGGUCAAAGUGUUUGUUAUAACAAUAAUACAGAAGUGCUUCAUCCUGAAAAAUGUGAGAUAACUCGAAGCAAUGCAGACAAAAUGCAUCAUGUGAAGGAAUCUGCUGUGGAAGAUUCAGCUUCACAAAAUCUUUUGUCUCAGUUGUUACACAAAAGUUCUGAUUUAGUGGGAAUUGUUGAAUGCUCUUUAGAUACAGACCAUAAGUUAGUUAACUCAAUGGAUGAGGUAACAGAUGACAGAAGUAUGCCAGAUGCUGUGGACAAAAGGACUAACUUUGUCAGGUCUGAUACUUUGUCCAUGAGUUUGCCAAAGCAGCUCAAAUUGACUUGCAGUCAGCACUCAUCUGCUUCCAGUAGCCUCCACAUAUCCCCACAAAACUUGGAAAAUAAAGAAGUUAAAAUAAAGGAUGAGAAUUCUCCAAAAGUUGUUCCUAAGAAACCACAGAGGCACAGUCUUCCAGCUGCUGGCCUUCUGAAAAAAGCUGCCUCAGCAGAGCUUGUGGACAAAAGUUCCUACACCUCCAGUGAGAACAAAUCAAACAGUGUUCUGGAAGGAUCUCACUUCACACAUCCACGAGCCAAGGAGCAAGGUGCGCUGUCAUCCUGUGAUAUACCCAAACGUUCUGAGAAACCCGUUUGGAAGUUACCUCAUCCUAUUCUUCCAUUUCCAGGAAAUUCUGAAUCAUUAAAAACUGCUAAUAUUGCUAACAGCUUCAACCACUUCACUGUUGUGACAAAGCCUAGGGCCAAGUCUCUCUCUGCUGUGGACAUGGACAGGACAGACAAGCCCUGCAAAGACCAUCAGAAGAAAAGUAGCUUGAAAAAGUUUCUGAACAUGAAACUAUCAGUUUGCUUAAUGAAAAGUGACUUCCAAAAAUUUCUGUCUAAAGGCAGCCAGUCAGUGGAUAGUGCUAUUGCCAACCUUUCCACUGGGGACGGCUGUGGAAGUGGUAACAACAGGAAUAUAGCAUCUGUAGGCAGUGAAAGGAAAGCGAAAUCUGCCAAGGUGCAUUCUGUAGAAAUAAGUAGUCCGGCGCUACAGAAGAAGAGGCAGAGAAACAGGAGUCAACCUGAGAUGCGCAAUAACCAAAGGCUGGAGUCUUUAGACAGGCAUUUACUUUUGGGGGAGAAUCUGGCACAAACGCGUUUGAAUUCUGUAACCAGCACCUGUGCUCCAGAGUAUGAGAAUGUGCGUCACUAUGAGGAAAUACCUGAGUAUGAGAACUUGCCUUUUGCUGUGGGUGCUAGGAGAAAUCUCUGUUUUGAAUGGCAGAACUCCAGCAGCGUGGAAGACCAGGGCACUGGCUUCUAUGAGGCUGAGGAACUUAGCGAAGCUACAAACAGGCGUUGGAGACUUGACAGGUCCUUAGAAGACCACCAUGAUCAUCCUAAUGUGGUAGUGGGAGAUAUUCAAUCAGAUGAAGAAGAUAUCAUGAACAGUUCUGAUGAAGAUGAUGACACAAAUUCUGAUUCCAGCAAAGGGGAGACUGAUCCUCAAGAAGAUAAACAGAAUAAGGCAGCUGGAAAGAAAACAAAGGUUUACCAUAUUGCCAAGGAGAUCAUGAGCUCAGAGAAAGUGUUUGUGGAUGUGCUAAAACUCUUACACAUUGAUUUCCGGGAUGCUGUGGCGCAUGCCUCUAGGCAGCUUGGAAAGCCAGUGAUUGAGGACAGAAUCCUGAAUCAGAUCCUCUAUUACCUACCUCAGCUCUACGAACUCAAUCGGGACCUCCUGAGGGAACUGGAAGAGCGAUUAUCUCACUGGCUUGAACAUCAAAGAAUUGCUGAUAUAUUUGUUAAAAAGGGUCCCUACCUAAAGAUGUAUUCAACUUACAUCAAAGAAUUUGAUAAAAAUGUUGCAUUAUUAGAUGAACAGUGUAAGAAGAAUGCAGGGUUUGCUUCAGUAGUCAAAGACUUCGAGAUGAGCCCUCGCUGUGCUAGUCUGGCCCUCAAGCAUUAUCUGCUCAAGCCAGUUCAGAGGAUUCCCCAAUACAGGCUCCUGUUGACAGAUUAUUUAAAGAAUCUUUUAGAAGAAUCUGCGGACUAUAGGGAUACUCAAGAUGCUUUAGCUGUUGUCAUAGAAGUUGCAAACCAUGCCAAUGACAUCAUGAAGCAGGGUGAUAACUUUCAGAAACUCAUGCAGAUCCAGUACAGUUUAAAUGGACACCAUGAGAUCGUACAGCCAGGAAGGGUCUUUCUGAAAGAGGGAACACUGAUGAAGCUGUCACGGAAGGUCAUGCAGCCACGAAUGUUUUUUUUGUUCAAUGAUGCCCUGUUGUAUACUACUCCAGUCCAGUCAGGGAUGUAUAAACUCAACAAUAUGUUGUCCUUGGCUGGAAUGAAGGUUAAAAAGCCAACCCAGGAAGCCUAUCAGAAUGAACUGAACAUUGAAAGCGUAGAGAGAUCCUUCAUUCUUUCAGCGAGUUCUGCUACAGAAAGAGAUGAGUGGUUAGAAGCUAUCUCCAAGUCAAUUGAAGAAUAUACAAAAAAGAGAAUCACAUUUAAUCCGAGCAAAAGUCUUGAAGAGGCAGAUCCAGAAAAGCAGGAAGAAGAUAGUCCACUGGGAUCAAAGGCUCCCAUCUGGAUCCCUGAUACCAGAGCCACCAUGUGUAUGAUCUGUACAAGUGAAUUCACAUUGACCUGGAGAAGGCAUCACUGCAGGGCAUGCGGAAAGAUUGUCUGUCAAGCUUGUUCAUCAAAUAAACAUGGCUUAGACUAUAUGAAAAACCAACCAGCAAGAGUAUGUGAUCAUUGCUUCAGGGAACUACAAAAACAAGAUAACCAGUGCACUCCUAAGAGCGGAUCCCCAGUCAACCAUAAAUCUCCAUCAAGUGCCUUGUCUACAGUAUUACAUAGUAUUCCUUCUGGAAGAAAGCAGAAAAAAAUUCCUGCAGCCCUCAAAGAAGUUUCAGCAAAUACAGAAGACUCUACAAUGAGUGGCUACCUACACAGAUCUAAGGGCAGUAAGAAACCAUGGAAACACCUGUGGUUUGUUAUAAAAAAUAAGGUGCUAUACACAUAUGCUGCUAGUGAGGAUGUGGCAGCAUUAGAGAGCCAGCCUUUACUUGGAUUCACAGUCAGUGAAGUAAAAGAUGAAAACUCAGAGUCUAGAGUGUUCCAUUUACUGCACAAAAACACUUUAUUUUACAUAUUCAAAGCAGAUGAUCCCCAUUCAGCUCAAAAGUGGAUAGAAGCUUUUCAAGAAGGCACUGUCUUAUAGCAGUGUCAGCAUCAUGUCUGCAAAUUUAAAGGAAAAUAUCCAGGAUGGUGGUAAAACAGACUACAGCAACUGUUCAGUGAAACAGAAUCCUGCCGUCUCAACCUACACAAAAUUGUAUAUUUGUCAGGAUUAGGAGUUGUUGCAUUUUUAGUGUAAAGUAAUAUUUUUUUAAAGAAUUGUAUGUAUUUCUGUGUUGAUACAAAAUGUGUUAUUUAUUAAAUUCCAAUGUUUACUUUAAUGGGCAGAAUUAUUUGUGAGGUCUGCAUUGAGGUCCAAAGUGCCCAUGUCCUCAGAAUGGCAGAUUGUUAGUCAACAGAUUCAUAAACUUUAUGCUUUUUUUAAAAAAAAAAAAAAAGGCAAAACACAAAACAGAUCUGUUGCAACUGUACAGUUCCUCAUGAUUUGUGUAUAGGUCUUGAGCUGCUGAUGUUCACUUAGCAAUUUAGCAAGAACAGAUCAGUAUAGGAAUUUCACAGAUUUUGGAUCUUUGUUGGCUAUGUAAGCUCCUUUAUGAGAAGUUGUAUGAUAGUGCUGCUCCUUUCCUUGAAUGGCAGUUGAAAUCAUGCAUACCAGUUCAUUAAAACAGUACAACAAAUUCCGUAUCACAAAAGCAAAAUACAGUUCAAUUAUUAAAAAAACAGAAAAGGGAAAAAUAUUUUAAAAUAGACUUUGCAAUUACAGGGAUAAGGCACUAGAGCUCUUACAGUACUACAGAAGCAAAAGAGACUAAAUGAGUUAUCUUCAAUAAAUUGAAGGAUAUAUUAUCUUUUGUGUUUCCACUAGUAAUUUAAAGCAGAGUAAAAAUACAUUUUUGAUAAUCAGAGAAAAGGCAAAAUAUCUUAUUUGUUUCAAAACUUUGUGUCAAAUGAGUUCUGUAUACAAAAAUGAAACACUGUAUAAACUAUUGUUCAAAGAACAUUAAACAAAUAUAUGCACCCUCCUCUCCCAAAAUUUUAAACUAUUGUAUAUUUAAAUAUUAUUUUUAAACUGGAAUUGCCAUACCAAGACAACACAGCUUUCUUAGUGCAGAAGGCAUUGAAAAUGCAUACCAUUCUUUGAAAUACCUUUUGUUUACAAUAUGAUUUGUUUUCUUUGACACUUUAAAACAUAGUUCAGUUUUAGAGGUUUGUUUUUGUUUUUUUUCUUUAAGAAAAUCAUCAGCAUACCUCAUUAGGAAAUAUUUACUGAUGAUUCUGGUGCAUUUAUUCUAUUUAACUUUGAAAGAUUUUUAACACUGUAACAGCAUAAAUGGAACUAGAACUAUGAAAACCACAUGAAAGGAAGCCAUUUUUAUGUCAAAUGCGAUGCAUGUGUAGUCAGGUAAUUUUACUACUUGUCGAUAGUCCUCUGAAUCAAGCUGGUUUUGGUAACAGAAUUAAGAGCCAUUAACUUUCAAUUAAUAGUUUGAAUACGCAUUAGUAGCUAUUUUGUGGCCUCACAAUGGAAAGAGAAUAGAUGAUAGAACAGUUAGUAGUUAUGACAGAAAGGCCAAGAAUGAAAAUGCAAACCAAAAUUCUCUUAUUUCCUCAAAUACCUCAAAGUCAGGUCUGAGAUACUAACAGAGCUCUGAAGAAGCUUGAUUUCUUAGAGCUUCUGUUAAGUCAAUAGUGGGCUUCGAAGUCAAAUGCUUAAUAUUAACUAUACAAGUAAUUUCAUUGGCUUCAAGCAUUUCAGUAGAGUACCUUAUGAAUCAGGGACUUAAAGCUGUACAUCUGACUUUCCUCAGGAACGCUAGAGAUUUGACCAGAUAAUGUUGGAAAUGAAGUAGGACUGAUCAAAGCCUUUAUUCUCUUUUAUUGUAAUACAAAUGUGCUAAGUGAAUACUUUUCUCUUGUUACAUAUAAAGGGCUUUUACUUAAUUUUCAAAACCAGCUGCUCACCAAGCUAAAUAAGUUAUUAGCAUGUCUCUUCAGGAUGAUUUCUGCCAUGGUUUUUACUGUAUCCAAAACUAAACUGAUAUAGAUGUGAUGUGUCUCUUCCUGUUGAUAGUAUCAAAGGGAAGAGCUUCUUAAUAUUUUCAUAGGGACUGCACACCAAUGAAGAUGGCAAGUCAUGAACCAGCAAAUGAAUCAGAAAUUUGGUUAGGAGCCAGCUAAUUUAAUUUCAGUUUAUGGUUUGAUAUAUUCCCUGCUGCAAAACAGAGCAAUAAAAGUCAAAACAUACUGAACAAGGUGCCCAAGUUCUGCCUCGUAUGGCAUCAAACUACCUCUAGAGGAUUUGGUGCAGAGUGAGGAAAUAGUUUAAAAUGUUCUGAGAUAAUCAGAGGACUUCUUCCAGAAGUAGCUGAUCAAUCAAAAGAUCUGUGACAGAAAUAGAUUGGAAUGGAGCCUUAAAAACAGUCGUAUACAUAUUGCAGUCUAAUUCUGUGUUAAACAAAUUGUCUUUGUAAACAUGUUUGAAUAUUUCUUUUCCUCUUUCUCCAGCAUUAGUGCUUUGUGUCAUAUGAAGAACCUGCAACACAGGCAUUUGCAUAACAUUUUCAGAUGGUUGCUUUUCAAAUUUGGUCUGUUUCUCCAGUUCACAUCCCAUUUUGAUGCAUUACCAUCGAAAGUAAAGUAUUUACUUAUUGAUUUGACUAAACACUAAAGCACGACCAGAAAUUUUUAGACACUUGGCUACCUCCUCUUAUAAGAAUCUAUAGUUCAUAAUUAAUUUAAGAUUGGUUAGCGGAGUAUGAGACAAACAUUAGCAUUGAAUAUUAGUUCUAACAUUUUUAUUCAUGGAUAAAUUAAAGGUUCUAGGAUCCUGAAUUCUCUUUAACUUAAAACUGUAUUUUGUGCCCAAAGGACUUAAAACAAAUGGAUAGCUGAGCAGCUAUGCAACACAUUUUACUAAAUAUUUUUUGUGCAUGGACACUUGAUUAUUACACUAUGUAUAUUACAUAAUAAUGUAAAGAGAUAUUUGGAAAGACACAUUCAGUGCAUUUGUUUGCCAUAACUGCUCUCCCCUGCAUUUACCAUCCAAAUAGCCUUUUAUUCGAAGCAGUCCUAAAUCAUGCUGUCUAAAUGUAAGAAUAGAAUCUUUAUUUUGUAAAUGAAAACAGUUCAAAGCUGUAAAUAUUCCUGUGGUUAUUCAUCAUUUUUGUAUAAAUAAAUUCACAUUAGUUGA